ACUUGGUCAAACACUUUCAAACAGAACCCAGCUCAAAAUGCAGCCUAUUCCGGUGAUAUUAAGUCUAUUGAUCGCACCGAUUAUUGCGACAACUGAACUACCCGAUAAGCAGCUGGUCAAGGCCAGGGUAUUUUCGGGUAGAGAAACCAGCAUUCAGGAGCUGGGUGGCUAUGCAGUGCAGAUCUAUAAGGGCAGUAAAAUGACUUGCACUGGCAGCCUCUUAACCAAAUUCCACAUUCUAACUGCGGCUCACUGCUUCGAAAACGAGAACUAUACGAAAUUUCACGUGAUCGCCGGUCGAACAAACUCGGAGACCUUUUUCUAUCCUGACGAGAUCAUAAACUUCGUAAUCAAGCUAAAGAUGCAUCCGAGCUACAAUAAGUUAAGGUACAUCGCCGACAUUGCCAUGAUAAAGGUUAAAAACGCCAUCAGAACUCCAGAAGUUAGCUAUUUGCCCCUCUGCACACGGAAAAUGUCAGCCGGACUUAUGGCCACCGUGGCUGGCUGGGGCGCUAGCGAAUUUACCAGGACCAAAAACACGCUCCGAACAAUAAGGGUGCCUCUCAUCUCGAAAGACGAAUGCAACCAAAAGCUGGGCCGCAAAAUGCCACGCAACGUGUUCUGCGCCUCCGGCUACAACGGUCGCACGAUCUGCAGUGGCGACUCCGGCGGGCCGCUGGUCAUCCGGGGUGAACUGUGCGGCGUCAGCGUAUGGACAUAUGAAUGUGGUAACAAACUGAUGCCCGAUGUCUAUAUGAGCGUGAACUUUUAUCGCGACUUUAUAAAUAAAACAAUUACGGAAAUGGGCGACUAGCUAAAAGCUUAUAGGAACUCGAACUAUCAACAAUUCUUGUAUAUUUCGAUUUCGUGUUUAAGGUAGAAAAGAAGAAAAAAAGACACAAAACAAGUGAUCUCAAUAAAGUCAAAAUAUGUAUGGAUAAUGAACUGAACAUUAAAUAAUUUCAAUAAUGGCA